AGGGCUAUUAUCACUUCUGGUGAGAAGCCGGGUUUUCCUUCAGUCAACAGCUUUAGCAAACUUGUUCAGAUUUCAGUGGUUAACAAUUCAUUCAAACAGCCCUACGAAAACAUCUUUAGAAACUUCUUGUAGUUCCAAGAAAAACUUCCGUUCUACAGCAUUCAUGUUUCCGCUACUCCUUCUCGCUUACGUAGUUGCGGUUAAGGUCUUUAAGAAAACAACUCCAAAUGGCAAGGUCACAGUGUAUCUCGGUAAGAGAGAUUUCAUAGACCACUCAGACCAUGCCGACCCCAUUGAUGGCAUUGUGGUAGUCGAUAGCGAAUACCUCAAGGGUAGGAAGCUAUAUGGACAAGUGACGACCACGUACCGCUAUGGGCGGGAAGAAGACGAGGUGAUGGGCGUAAAGUUCAGCAAAGCACUGGUGCUGGCACACGAACAACUUGUACCAUCCGAGGAAAAGAAGACAGGUCUAACGCCCAUACAGGAGCGGUUGAUGAAGAAGCUGGGCCCAAAUGCAUACCCCUUCACGUUCAAGUUCCCCCCCAACGCGCCCAGUUCUGUGACGCUGCAGACUGGCGACGAUGACACGGCCAAGCCCCUGGGUGUCGAAUACAACGUCAAGGCCUACGUCGCUGAUAACCCUGAGGAGAAGAGUCACAAGCGCUCUUCCAUUUCUCUGGCCAUCAAGAAGCUACAGCACGCACCUUCGAAGCGCGAGUUCCGGCUCCCCAGCUCCGUUGCCAGCAAGGGAUUCACGUUCUCGGACGGCAGACUAAACCUGGAGGUCACUCUCGACAAACACACGUAUUACCACGGCGAGAGGUUGGCCGCCAACGUCGUCGUGACCAAUAAUUCGCGCAAGUCGGUGCGAAACAUCAAGGUGUACGUGGUCCAGCACUGCGAAAUCACGAUGGUGAAGGCUCAAUACUCGCGGAACGUUGCCAGUAUGGAGUCCCGGGAGGGCUGCCCCAUCACACCUGGCACUUCCUUUACCAAGGUGUUCUACUUACUGCCCCUCGCCGCCAGCAACAAGGACAAGCAUGGAAUAGCUUUGGAUGGUUACCUCAAGGAUGACGACGUGAAUCUGGCCUCCUCCACGCUGGUCGCAGAAGGAAAAUCCCCUUCUGAUUCUCUUGGAAUUGUCAUCUCAUAUACCUUGCGCGUGAAGCUGAACUGUGGUACUCUGGGAGGCGAACUCGUCACGGACGUGCCACUUAAGUUGCUCCACCCUGCACCGGGUACAGCCGAGCGUGAAAAGGCGAAGGCACUCGAGAAGAGCAGGAGCAUCGAACGAUCGCACUGCGAGAACCCCCGUUACGUCUCCGACGACGAAGACAUCGUUUUCGAGGAUUUCGCGCGCUUCAGCGAACCUGAAUAGCAAUCUAGCAGCAUGAGAUUUCACGACGGUGGUUUGAUUUAAAUGAAUCCUAUCAGAGGAUGAAGCUACUUGGCAUAGACCUAUUAAACUCCACUUCCCUGGUUAUUUAUUACUGCGACAAUAGAAACAUUUAUUCCGGUCGCAUGGAACCUUCCGAAGGCCAUGAAAUAUAACACCAUUUUAAUUGCUUUUAAAUACGUCACCAACUUAUUCAGUGUUGUUAUACAGAUAAUAAAACCAUUUUUACCAAGUAGAAAUUCGCCUAUGGAAAUUUCCGAAGGCUACAAUGAUCAAUAUCGUCAGUAAUCUGUGAUAGUGGCAAAAAUAUAAACUAACAACAUUCGACAUCACAAAGAUUAUUUGCCAGAAUGACAAGUAGAAGAAACUCGUAAAUACAGUAAAUGUACAUAAAGCUUAUCGACUAGACAACCAUUUAAAUAAUUAAUGCUUGAUAUAGACUAUGAAAUUUAGUCAAUAUUUUGGUCAUUCUGACAUCUGAUUCGCCUUCCCCUGUGCUAGAACUACAGUCUAACACACUUUUCGACUUUAGGAAUAUGCAAAGAAUUAGCUAGAAUCCUUAUUAGCAAAUAGAAGAUAUUAAAAAAUUAACGUAAAAAUGGGAAAAUACAACAAAAACAACAUAAAAAUAUAAAAUUAAAUUUGUAGCAACUCCGAAACAGGUAAAAACUCAGAAGAAUCCAAACACAUAAAUACGAUUAAAAAAAAUUAUGGUAAUUUUGCAGGAUUGGUGCAACUGCUCCAAUGUUCUCGUACAACCAACAAUUGAAUGAAUACCAAAAUACCAAUAUAAUACUAAAUUACAUGCAUAUAAAACGACCUAGCUCACCAUGCACUAAUAAGACU